CACCAGGCAUGAAUAGCUCCUGAGCUGGCCGACUGCACACAACACAACCCGCUCAUGGAGAACUCGGUGGCGCCUUUCGUCCUCUACCCGGGGACUGAGCCCAGGACUCCGGGAGAGGACAGCCUGCCUCUGCCAGCCGAGGAAGAGGGCGCUGCGUCCCCAGCGCAGACACCCUGCAGUCUCAGCGCCUCACUGUGCUUCAGCUCCGGGGACGACUCCCCGCCGCAGUCUCGCUCCUCUGCGGCGGAGGGCUCCGGAGCCUCUCCGCCUUCUCUCCGCAGCGACCUGCGUGUGGUGGAGACGCAGUGGGAUGUCAGCAGCGCCGCGUCCCCAGAGUCCCCGGAGGAGUGCGCGCGCCCGGAAGAGCCCGCGUCGCCCGAGGAUCCCCCUUCCCGCCACGAGCACGCGCGUCCCGUGGAGCUCGAGUCUUUAGACGAGCUUGGGGAGCCGGUGCCUGUGCCUCCCGGGGUCGAGUCCGCGCACGGAGAGCCCGACCUGGUCAUCGAGGUGGCCGGUCGUCGGUUGCGGGCGCAUAAGGCGGUGCUGGCGGCGCGCAGCGACUACUUCCGCGCGCGUGCGUCCCGGGACGUGCUGCGGGUGCAAGGCGUGAGCUUCACCGCCCUGCGGCUGCUGCUGGCCGACGCGUACAGCGGGCGCAUGGCGGGCGUGCGGCCGGACAACGUGGCCGAGGUGGUGGCCGGCGCGCGCCGCCUCCAGCUGCCCGGCGCUGCGCAGCGCGCCACCGAGGCCAUGGCGCCGCAGCUGAGCCUGGACAACUGCUACGAGGUGCUGAGCGCCGGCAAGCGGCAGCGGCUGAGCGAGCUGCGCGACGCCGCCUACCGUUUCAUGAGCGACCACUACCUGGAGGUGCUGCGCGAGCCCGCAGUCUUCGGCCGCCUGUCCGGCGCGGAGCGCGAUCUAUUGCUGCGGCGCCGCCUGGGUACCGGCCGUGCCUGUCUGCUGGCCGCGGCGCUGGGGACCACCGGGGAGCGCUCCGGCAGUCGACCGCAGAGCCCGUCCGGAGACGCAGAGUCGCGCGGGGACGCGGCCGUUUAUUGCUACCAGGCGGAGGCCGGGGAGUGGCGCGAGCUGACACGGCUGCCCGAGGGCGCGCCGGCGCGCGGCUGCGGCCUCUGCGUGCUCUUCAACUACCUCUUCGUGGCGGGCGGUGUGGCCCCCGCGGGUCCCGAUGGCCGCGCGCGCCCGUCGGACCAGGUGUAUUGUUACAACCCGGUCACCGACUGCUGGAAUACUGUGCGGCCGCUGCGCCAGGCGCGCUCGCAGGUGCAGCUGCUGGCCCUGGACGGCCACCUGUAUGCCGUGGGCGGCGAGUGCCUGCUCAGCGUGGAGCGCUACGACCCGAGAGCUGACCGCUGGACCGCGGUGGCCCCGCUUCCCCGGGGCGCCUUCGCAGUGGCCCACGAGGCUGCCACCUGUAACGGCGAGAUCUAUGUGUCCGGGGGCUCACUCUUCUACCGCCUGCUCAAGUAUGACCCCCGGCGCGACGAGUGGCAGGAGUGCCCGUGCAGCAGCAGCCGAGAGCGCUCUGCCGACAUGGUGGCCCUCGACGGCUUCCUCUAUCGCUUUGACCUGUGUGGGAGCCGAGGUGACACUCAGGCUGCCGUCGGUUCAGGUGGCGGGGUCAGCGUUUUCCGCUACCAUUGCCUGGCCAAGCAGUGGAGCCAGUGUGCUGCACACCUGAGGCCCCCCGGCGCACCCGCAGGCCUCCAGCCCUUUCGUUGUGUUGCCCUGGAUGGUACCAUCUACUGUGUGAGCCGCGCCGGAACCUGGCGUUUCGUGCCUUCUCAGGACAUCGAGGUUGGCAGCGAUAUGGGACCUGGUGGCAGCUUUGAGCCCGAGCCCCUAGGGUCCCCACUGGAUGUCCGGGGCGUGCUCUUUCCAUUUGUACUCAACCUGCCUGAGAAGCCGGACCGCGGGGAGCAGGGUGCAGCCUAGGAUAGGAUCAGCUGGGCAGUUCCACUGUCCAGCAUUUGGGGGGGGGGGGCUCAAAAGAGUGGGCUAGGUCCCCCCCCCAGUGGGGGAGGAAGGGCAAAGAUGUCUCAGGAAUGAAGGAAGCGGACAGGCCAGGCUGCUGGCCACAGUGCAUCAUGCAAAUGCUUUGAGAGUAAAAGAAGCCUCGCUGGCUCUGAUGACAUUUUCACAAUGUUGCUUUAAGCCCCACUUUUGCAGUGCCGGAUUCUGCUCUUGCUUCGCUUGGUUAGUGGGGGUUCAUAGCUGAAAGUGUGGGAAGAUACAGAGAAGCCCAUGCCUAAGGGAAGACAAGCUACAAGAGGCCACAGAUAAAGUGGGAUGCAGGUGCGGACUCAGGUGUAAUAGGAAGCCUGCCCAGUCCUUCCAUUACCAGUGAGUCCAAGGUUCUCAGACCUGAACGGGGUUAGGUAUCAUUGCAACCGCAGAGAAGGUCAAACCCCGUUCCUGCUCCUGCCCCGAGUCUUAAAAAAAUGAUAACUUAUAAGAUCUGCGCUCGACCUAAAAAGUUCACUGAGUGUUCGCAAGUUUUUGUAGGCUCAACUUCAAAAAGUAAUUUAUCAAGUACUGAAGGCGAAUCUUUGUUGACCAGUAGAGUUGCCUUUGUUGAUGAAAAUGUUAGCAAGCAGCAUGCUGAACGGGAAAGAAGAGCCAGUAAGGGUGAAAAACCCUCAGGUCAGGCAGGAGGCUCUGGUAGCUCUGUGUGCUCUCCCACUUUCCUGUCUCAGAAUGAACUAGGGCAUCUUUUUUCCUCCCUAGAACAAGGAGGUUAAAAUCCUGUUUUGACAGUUGCAUGCUUUGAACUCUCUGCUUGCUUGGUUAUGUUUUGAACAUAUCUUCUGUGAUUCUGCUGAGGGAGAUUAAUUUACAACCAUCUCAAAGGUGUGUGGGGGGUGAUAUGGAGGAGGGAAAGGAGAAACAUCCGUGUUUUGAGAGUAGUUUAGCAAGUAAGUGACAUUCAUUUAACUUCCAAAACACCCUGCUAGAGUUGGAAGGAGACUCAUACUUAGACAAGGUUGCAAGGACCAAAACCAAGUCUGUUCAUUUUCUCUCAUGUGUUAGGAUGUUGUGCAUUUGAGAAUUCACAGGAACUUAAGGACAAAAUACAUGCUCCCAGAUAACGGGUUUAGAUUCCAUACCUAGCCCACUGUUUUAUGACCGUGGGGCUCCUAGGCGUUCAGAGUUUCCGGAACAUAGAGGAAGCUCUGCAUUCACCCUGCCCUCUCUAGAAAUCACCGGUUAGCUGGGGACUGGGUUAUGCUUUAUCGUCUGCUCUGAAAGGUCACAGUGAAGAGUGUUUAGAAACAGCCUGCUUGAAUCUUCUGCAUGACCCAGGGGAAUGGAGUUUAUAGUUCCUGUUUGUGUGUUCUGGUCUCUCUCUGCUUGUCCGUGGUUACUCAUAAACCAAGAGACUGUCUUGGCAACGUGGCUGAUCAUCUCAAGAAGGCCAGACUCCCUACUGCCUGGUUUUAUUGGUCUUUGUGAGGGGCAUCCUGGAGAAGGGCUUGCAGAUGAGCAAGAGACACUGCUCAGAGACACACUUUCAUUCCUAAGUACCAGGCGUAUAGGAGACUAUCGCGGGACUCUUGCCUAAGAAGCCAUUCCUCUGACAUUCACUUUUGAAAUUGGGCCUCCGGGGUGACAUGUCCCUGGAGAGGACAGAUGCACACCAGACGCAAAGGUCUUCCUGUGAGCAUCAUGUCCCGCAGAACACAAAGGAAACCCAAGGGAGUCAAAAGGAUAAAUGUAUCUAUUUAUGGAUGGCGAAUGAACCUUAGUUCGUUGAUCACGAAUAGAGGUGUGGCUGACCUGUUUUUUGAGAACAUACAAAAUAUCUCGUGUCCUGUUUGUAAACAGUGGCCCCCACUGACAAUAAAUGCUUCAGGGCCUGG